UUUUCCAAAUGACUGUUCACUCUGUAGUCGGACUCCUCCUCUGCCCCUCCAGUGAAGUUCAUCAGUGAACAAGCCUUUCAGUCAGCUCCACUGCUGCCCCUAUAUGAUUAUUCAUACGCAGCUAACAUUCACCUUUUUAUAGGGAUUCCGCUAGAAACAAAGCCAACUGCUUGUUUGGGCUGAUUUUGCUUUUUUUUUUUUUUACAAAAUUUUCUUAUUUUUUCGGUCUGGAGCUCCAGGCGGUGGGGAGGGGGGUGGUUGUGUUUUUACCUAAACUAGUGACAGAGGGAUCUAAGUGACACUCAUUUCUUCACACCGGCAAAGAAGUUUUUCCUCCCAGCUUUCUGAAACAUACCAGGAACCGCAGGGAAUCCGAGACUGACCAGUGAGUAAAUUCACUGAAUUUCAAAAAUUUGUCCAGAUCAAUGAGAAACAGAUUGAUUACAAUGCUGUCUUUAAAAAACACAUGCGUUAUCGGGCUGGCGUUGGCGAGAAAUACAUGGCAAGCGCCAUGUCCAUUAACUGCACCUUGUUGUUUCUUCAAAGCCAUAUAAAGUCAUUUGUUCAGGGUUAUAACAUCAAUGAAUCCUCUGAAAGUCAAGAUAAUGCCAGUUAGUUUCCUUCUAUACAUUUGAAACUUGUUGAAUGCCAAUUUUCACAAACUUCCAACAGCCAUGCUGGGAGUUGUAGUUCUGCAAAAUUGUCUGACUAUAAAUGACAGCUGUUUUGAAUGCAAACCUUCAGAUUGAUAUCAGGGCAUAAUGAUCAGCCAUAAAUCAAUGCAAGUUCCUGCCUUGGAUAAUUCACUCCAAUCCCUCUGCCCAAUUUAAACAAUACCCUGCUGCUGCUGCCAGGGGAGUGUGUGUGUAUAGCUUUAAGAAAGAGGCGGAUGACUGAGAAAUGACGCAGGAAUGUUAAUGAGUAACUUGAAAAAAAAAAAGUCUUCCUCAGUGCACCAUGUGUGGUAACAGGCUUGGCUGCCACACUAUUUAAACAGAGGGUAUACUAAGGAACAAGGAGAAUGAAUAGGAUCAAACAGGGGAUGCACUAUCAGUGAGAACACAGGCAGUCACCUUAGAGAACCCCAAGCAAAAAAAAAAGCAAUUACUGACUUGAAAACCUAUUUUGAGGCUGAAAACUAAAAAAGAAAAAAGUCAGAAAAUAAUAAUAGUUAAGAGUGAACAGGAAAGAGUUUUUUAUUAAGGCUUUUGUUAGAGCCGGCUAUCCCUGGGGGACUAGGUGCACAAAUUUCUUUUUUUUUGGUAUUUUUCUUUGGAAGGAUGUCCUCUGUGCUCUUGUGUAGCCUGAUGGCAACUUUGGUUCUUUUAGCCAAAAGCAACCCCGUGGAUGAAGACACGGUGAACAUGCUAGUGCUUUUACCUAAGGAUAACUCCUAUAUGUUUUCAAUGGAUAGGGUGAAACCUGCUGUUGACCAUGCCCUGCGGUCCAUUCAGGAGAACCAGACCCUCUUGCCCGGCGUGCACAUUAACGUCAUUUACAAUGACUCUGACUGUGGCAACCAGGCAUUCUUUAGCCUGAUAGACAUAGCCAUGCAGCUGCAGAAACCUGACGUGAUUCUUGGUCCUGUUUGUGAGUAUGCGGCAGCCUCCGUGGCUAGACUUGCCUCCCACUGGAACGUCCCCAUGCUCUCCUCUGGGGCACUGGCAGUUGGCUUCAUGCAGAAGUCCAGCGAGUACUCGCACCUCACCAGAGUGUCGCCCGCCUACUCUAAGAUGGGCGAGAUGUUCCUGUCCAUGUUCCGCUAUCACAAAUGGACCAAGGCUUUUCUCCUCUACACUGACGACAAUCUGCAGAGGAAUUGCUUUUUUACCUUGGAAGGGGUCCACCUCGCCUUUAAGGAGGAAGGCUAUACCAUGUCUAUCCACAACUUUGACGAGACGAAACAUGUGGACGCGGAGGAAAUUGUGCAGUCCAUCCAGAAUAAGGAAAGAGUGGUGAUAAUGUGUGCAAGCAGUGACACUGUUAGGAACAUCAUGUUGGCCGCCCAUCAGCAAGGAAUGACGAAUGGAGAUUACGUCUUCUUCAACAUUGAACUCUUUAACAGCUCCACCUAUGGAAAUGGCUCCUGGAAGAGAGGAGACAAGUAUGAUCUUGAAGCCAAGCAAGCGUACUCAUCCCUCCAAACAGUCACACUACUCAGGACAGUGAAACCUGAGUUUGAGAAGUUUUCCAUCGAGGUGAAAAGUUCUGUUCAGAAGCUGGGACUCAAUGAUGAUGAUUACGUGAACAUGUUUGUGGAAGGAUUUCAUGAUGCAAUUAUUCUUUAUGCUCUGGCACUGCAUGAGCUUCUGAGGAAUGGCUUCAGUAAAAAGGAUGGUGACAAACUUGUACAACAGAUGUGGAACAGAACAUAUGAAGGCAUUGCCGGGCAGGUGUCGAUCGAUGCCAAUGGAGACAGAUACGGGGAUUUCUCUGUGAUUGCCAUGACGGACAAAGAAACAGGUACCCAGGAGGUUAUUGGAGAUUAUUAUGGAAUUCAAGGAAAUUUUGAAAUCCGGCCAAAUGUAAAGCCUCCUUGGGGGCCUGGAAGGCUACUAAUAAACGACAGAGUUGUAGAACAUACAAAUACAACUCCUUGUAAGUCAUCAGGUGGCCUUGGAGAAUCUGCAGUUACAGGAAUUGUUGUUGGAGCCUUUUUAGGAACCGGACUCUUAAUGGCAUUCUACUUUUUCAGAAAGAAAUACAGAAUAACUAUCGAAAGACGGAAUCAGCAAGAAGACUGUAACCUAGGAAAACACAGACAGCUCCGGGAAGAUUCCAUAAGAUCUCAUUUUUCUGCAGCAUAAAGAAUAGAAAAA